CCAGUCUCAGCCAGCGAGCAGCACGACACUCGCCAUCCCACCGAACAGGACGCCCAUGUCCUCCACGGCCGACUACGUCGCAAAGUAUCCGCGGAGAGCAGCUCUCCUCCACGUAGCGGAGAAGUACUGGCUCGACGAUGCCAGGCGUCCGCCUGGCAGCCUCGAUUCGUCUCUCAAAAAGCACACGACUCUCAUCAACAAACUCAAAUCCUCGCUCUUGGUCGGUCCCGCGGAAGCAUUGAUCAAAGAUAUCGACGGCUUGACAUUGGCAAAGUAUCUGGACGAAAUCGUUGCUGCCGUCGUCGAAGGUGCGGCAAAGAAGGGCGACCCAGAAGUUGCCGUGGAUGUAAUCAUCCAUCUUCAUUCACGGCUUACCCCCGACUUUCUUCCUCAACUUCUCCAACCUCUCCUGACGCUUCUAUCCGCGAAUGCAGCUGCCACUGGACCUAUAGGCAAAGAUGGAGAAAAGGACAAGGAGAAGGAGGAUAGAGAGAGGUUAUCAAAGCAGAGGCCUGUUUUGAGGAUCGUAGCAGAGUUGGCAAUGGUGGGUGCUUGGUCUGAAGGAGUCGUCAAAGGCGCCGCAGAGGUUGGUAAAGUGCUCAAGGGAUUGAUGACCGGCGAUCCUCAAUACAGUAAUCUCCCAUUAAUCACCACAUUCCUCAAAUACUUUGGCCGGGCCUACUUGGGCAACAACCCCGUCUUGAACAAAGCAGCUAAUGGUGUAAAGGAAGAGGAGGCGGCGGAGACGCUCCCCGAAAGUGUGACCGAACUCGUUCCUCCCGAAAUUCAAAAGCAAAUGUGGCAGCUAUUCGUCAAUUACUUCAACACUGCUAGCAAAACCUUGGUCAAGGGACAGCUCAAACUUCUCGAGCAGGAUAAACGCAACCAUGAGGCUUACAUCAAAUCUGGCGAAAUUUUCGAAGAUCGUCAACAGGCAUAUGAAAAAAUGACUCGUGCCGUCGAAAGACUCACUACUGGCGUCCAGACACUCGCAGAUCUCCUCAAUCUGACUCCUCCCACCUUGCCAACUGCUGCAUCACUCUCCAAAUCGGGUCUUCAAAUAGUAGAAUCUACUUCCUCAUUCACAGUCCGUGAUGAUGGUCCAAUCGCAGGCGGUAUAUGGGACGAUGAAGAGGAACAAAAAUUUUACGAAGAUUUAAUCGAUCUGAAAGAGGUCGUCCCAGCUUCCUUGCUCGGCAUCAGGGAGAAAUCGAAAGAAGAAGAUCAGGAAGGGGGUGGAUCCCGGGAUAAUAAACGUGAAGAGGAGGAGAAGGAGGAGGAGGCUCACAAGGCAGAAGAAGAAGCUCUCCGCAAACAGCUCGAACAGAUGGAGCUGGCCGAUUCGCAUGCUCAGCCCGAACCCGAACCUGAAUCCGAACUCGAACCUCAACUUCACACUUUGGAACGCACCGCGUCCUCUUCCUCCUUGCUCUCUAUAACCCACGAUGAAGCUCAAGCGGCCGAGGGAGAAGACGAGCAGACUGCACCAGUGACUAUGACGACUGCCAUCGAAGAGGAUGGAUUGCAAUCUGGUCCCGCAGCGAGGUUAUCGGCUCUCUUUGCAGCGUUGCCCGAAUCGAACAAUAGGGAGGUGGUGGAUAAGUUGGCUGUAGAGUUUGCGUUUUUGAAUUCCAAAGCGGCAAGGAAGAGGCUCAUCAAGUUCAUCGGUGAAGUGCCAAAACAAAGGACCGACUUGUUACCGCAUUACUCUAGGCUUAUUGCCACGCUGAAUCCUUACAUGCCGGAUGUUGGCGCAGGUAUUCUUGAUAUCCUGGAUGAAGAAUUGAGAUAUUUGCAAAGGAAGAAACUUGUCCGAGAAUUGGAUAGCACACGUCUCAAGAAUGUCAGGUUCUAUGGCGAAUUGGCCAAAUUCAAGGUUGCUAAACCUUUCAACAUUCUUCAUGUACUCAAAGUCUUUUUGGAUGACUUCAAGUUCAAUAUCGAAAACAUCUCAAACCUGUUGGAGACUUGCGGACGGUUUUUGCUGCGGUACGAAGGAACAGCAGAAGUGGCCAAGCGUAUGGUAGAGUUGAUGAGGAAAAAGCAAGCGAAUAUGCAUCUUGACCAGAGACAUCAGCUUAUGCUGGAAAAUGCCUUUUACAUGUGCAACCCGCCUGAGAGAAUAGUCAGAGAAGUGGUACAGCUCACUCCUAUGCAGAGUUUCAUCCGGCAUCUUCUUGAUGAAGUGUUGAUGAAGCGAACGCACGAUAAGGUGUUAAAACUGCUGAGAAAGUUGCAUUGGGAAGAUCCAGAGGUCUACGGCUUUAUCCUCUCUGCCUUUACAAAUGUUUGGGAGGUCAAGUUUGGUAAUAUUCCUCAACUCGCAGAUCUCGUCUUUGAUCUUCAACGAUGGCAUCCUGAAUUCGGUAUCGCGGUCGUUGACCAGGUCCUGGAAAACAUUCGCAUUGACAUGGAGGAAAACAUCUUCAAGUUCAACCAGAGAAGAAUCGCGACAAUGAAGUACGUAGGAGAGCUGUAUAUGUACAGGGUCAUCAGCGCUUCCGUCAUCUUUGAAAUUCUUUGGUCACUUUUGUCUUUUGGGCAUGUCGAGCCAAUGCCAUUCCCAGGUAGAGAAAGCCCUAUUGACGCCGUAGAUGACUUUUUCCGUGUCCGUCUGGCUUGCACAUUACUCGAUACCUGUGGCGUAUGUUUCCCAAAAGGCUCUCAGGGACGCAAAUUGGAACAGUACCUCAUCAUGCUUCAACUCUAUAUCACAUGCAAAACCGAGCUACCAAUGGAUGUUGACUUUAUGCUGACAGAUACCCUCGACCUUUUGCGGCCAAAAAUGCCCAAGCUAAGAACAUUUGCGCAAGCAGCAGCUGCUGUUGAUGAGUUGAUGGCUACGGUAGGCGACAUGGGCGGAGAAGAUAGUGCAUCAGAGGACGAAGAGGAACGUCAAUCACCUGAAGACAAGCCUGACGAGCCGGAACCUGUCGUCGAAAACGUCCAGUCAGCGGAAGAUGACGAUGAGGAUGUCGUUCUCAUCCGCGACACCUCCAAAAAUGACGAGCUUGAUGCCGAAGAACGAGCUGCAUUUGAUCGAGAGUUUGCAAAAGUAUUGGCAGAUACUACCGAUACCAGGCGAGAACAGAGAAAGGCCGCGCCACCGAUCUUUGACACUGCUGUGCCCAUUGUCAAGAAAAAGAUCGAAGAACCCAAGGCAAAAACUGGUAACGGAAUCGGGGAGGAAGAAGGAAGAAUGCAGUUCAUGUUGAUGUCCAAGAAGGCAGGAAAACAGCAGCUGCGAACGUUGGCCAUUCCUGUGGAUUCCACCAUUGCGUUGAACACUAGGACUCAGCAAGCUCAGAGCAAAGCGGAGCAAGAGCAGCUCAAGAGGUUGGUAUUGCAGAAUGAAAGAAGGUUGGAAAGAUCAGAAAUGGAAGGCAUCGAGACGAGAGGUGUGAAGCUCCGUUUUGCACAUUCAUGAUCACCUCCGCCCGGACCGCAAACCUAACGAGGAAACGGUAUGCCACUAGGCGGCUACCACUGCACCACUCUGGGAGGUUACAACCUGGGAGAUACAACGAAAACGACGAUGACGGUUACGUGGACUGGGGUCUGAGCAGACACGUGAUGACGAUUGGUCGCAAAGCUCACUACGAGUCCAGGCGUGAAUUUGUCCUUCAGUUCUCACAUCCGCGAACCCUCUGUAUCUCUAUAGCAACUUGCAGAAUGAAUCUUUUAUCAUGUCUGUAAAUAAAACGGAACGAAAGGCGAAUGGUAGAAACGGCCUGGACACGAUCAGCCGAUUUGAAGAGUAAGUAUUCUUAACAUAAAAAAAUGAGUUCAACGAAGGCAGCGAGCUCCUGGACAGAAUGUACGGAUACAAACGCUUGCAAAACGCGAAUCUCCUACCCGUGGUAAUGAUAAUGAUAAUGCUUAAUUAGAGAUUUACGAUAACGUAUACAUGCUUGAGGAGCACUGCAACCUA